AUGCAGAAAGGUAAAGCAUAUGGCAACCUUGGCAAUGCUUGUGACUCUCUCGGUGAUUAUAAAAAGACAAUCGAAUUUCAUCAGCAGUCUCUUAGUACCGCAAAAGAGAUAGGAACCUUGGCUGUGCGUAUUACUCUCUCGGUGAUUAUAAAAAAGCAAUCGAAUUUCAUCAGCAGUCUCUUAGUGUCGCAAAAGGGAUAGGAGACAAAGGUACAGAACAGGCAGCAUAUACUAACCUUGGCUGUGCGUAUUACUCUCUCGGUGAUUAUAAAAAAGCAGUUGAAUUUCAUCAGAAGUCUCUUAGUAUCGCAAAAGGCAUAGGGGAAAAAGAUUCAGAAGGUACAGCAUAUAACUUGGCGUUGCGUAUUACUCUCUCGGUGAUUAUAAAAAGCAGUCGAAUUUCAUCAGCAGUCUGUUAGUAUCGCAAAAAAGAUAACAGAGAAAGGUUUAGAAGGUACAGCAUAUACCAGCCUUGGCAUUGCGUGUUACUCUCUCGGUGAUUAUAAAAAAGCAAUCGAAUUUCAUCAGCAGUCUCUUAGUAUCGCAAAAGGCAUAGGGGAAAAGGUUCAGAAUGUACAGCAUAUAACUUGGCGUUGCGUAUUACUCUCUCGGUGAUUAUAAAAAAGCAGUCGAAUUUCAUCAGCAGUCUCUUAGUAUAGCAAAAGACAUAGGAGAAAAAGGUUCAGAAGGUACAGCAUAUACCAGCCGUGGCAUUGCGUGUUACUCUCUCGGUGAUUAUAAAAAAGCAAUCGAAUUUAAUCAGCAGUCUCUUAGUAUCGCAAAAGACAAAGGGGAAAAAGUUUCAGAAGGUACAGCAUAUACCUCGGCAUUGCGUAUUACUCUCUCGGUGAUUAUAAAAAAGCAAUCGAAUUUCGUCAGCAGUCUCUCAGAAUCGCAAAAGACAAAUGAGAAAAAGGUUCAGAAGGUACAGCAUAUACCUUGGCGUUGCGUAUUACCCUCUCAGUGAUUAUAAAAAAGCAAUCGAAUUUCAUCAGCAGUCUCUUAGAAUCGCAAAAGACAAAGGAGAAAAAGGUUCAGAAGGUACAGCAUAUACCUUGGCAUUGCGUAUUACUCUCUCGGUGAUUAUAAAAAAGCAAUCGAAUUUCAUCAGCAGUCUCUUAGUAUCGCAAAAGACAUAGGAGAAAAAGGUUUAGAAGGUACAGCAUAUACCUUGGCAUUGCGUAUUACUCUCUCGGUGAUUAUAAAAAAGCAGUCAAAUUCCAUCAGCAGUCUCUUAGUAUCGCAAAAGGCAUAGGAGAAAAAGGUUCCGAAGGUACAGCAUAUACCUUAGCAUUGCGUAUUACUCUCUCGGUGAUUAUAAAAAAGCAGUCGAAUUUAAUCAGCAGUCUCUUAGUAUCGCAAAAGAGAUAGGAGAAAAAGGUUUAGAAGGUACAGCAUAUACCUUGGCAUUGCGUAUUACUCUCUCGGUGAUUAUAAAAAAGCAAUCGAAUUUCAUCAGCAGUCUCUUAGUAUCGCAAAAGACAAAUGAGAAAAAGGUUCAGAAGGUACAGCAUAUACCUUGGCGUUGCGUAUUACCCUCUCAGUGAUUAUAAAAAAGCAGUCGAAUAUCAUCAGCAGUCUCUUAGUAUCGCAAAAGACAUAGGAGAAAAAGGUUCAGAAGGUACAGCAUAUACCUUGGCAUUGCGUAUUGCUCUCUCGGUGAUUAUAAAAAAGCAGUCGAAUUUCAUCAGCAGCCUCUUAGUAUCGCAAAAGAGAUAGGAGAAAAAGGUUUAGAAGGUACAGCAUAUACCUUGGCGUUGCGUAUUACCCUCUCAGUGAUUAUAAAAAAGCAGUCGAAUUUCAUCAGCAGUCUCUUAGUAUCGCAAAAGACAUAGGAGAAAAAGGUUUAGAAGGUACAGCAUAUACCUUGGCAUUGCGUAUUACUCUCUCGGUGAUUAUAAAAAAGCAGUCGAAUUUCAUCAGCAGUCUCUUAGUAUCGCAAAAGACAUAGGAGAAAAAGGUUUAGAAGGUACAGCAUAUACCUUGGCAUUGCGUAUUACUCUCUCGGUGAUUAUAAAAAAGCAGUCGAAUUUCAUCAGCAGUCUCUUAGUAUCGCAAAAGACAUAGGAGAAAAAGGUUCAGAAGGUACAGCAUAUACCUUGGCAUUGCGUAUUACUCUCUCAGUGAUUAUAAAAAAGCAAUCGAAUUUCAUCAGCAGUCUCUUAGUAUCGCAAAAGACAUAGGAGAAAAAGGUUUAGAAGGUACAGCAUAUACCUUGGCAUUGCGUAUUACUCUCUCGGUGAUUAUAAAAAAGCAGUCGAAUUUCAUCAGCAGUCUCUUAGUAUCGCAAAAGAGAUAG